UCUACCAGACUCUAACACACACACAUUCACGGGCGCGCGCACACACACACACACACACACACAGAGAGAGAGAGACAGGCGCGCGCGCUCUUUCUCUCCGUUCACAUGGACGGCCGAGCAACUGCGCUCAGUUCAGUCUGAAAGUCCGCUCUUCUUCGCGGAGUUUGGAGAAGAUGUGUGUGUGUUUGUAGAUGUGUGUGUGUGUGUGAGAUCUGCAUGGCUGGAUUUGCUCUUCUCCUCCGCUGCUGUUUGACGAGGAGCGCGAACUGAAGAGAAACUCGCGGAUUUUCGGGGUUUUCGUCCAUAAGAAUGGAGUUCCCCGACCACAGCCGGCAGCUCCUGCAGUGUCUGAGUCAGCAAAGACAGCAAGGUUUUCUCUGCGACUGCACGGUUCUGGUAGGAGAAACUCGUUUUAGAGCGCACCGGGCCGUCUUGGCGUCCUGCAGUAUGUAUUUUCACCUCUACUACAGAGAUCAGCUGGAUAAACGAGACUUAGUGCACUUAAAUAGUGACAUCGUGACGGUUUCAGCCUUCAGUUUGCUGCUCGAGUUCAUGUAUGAGGGAAAGCUGGAGUUCAGUGCAAUUCCUGUUGAGGACGUCCUGGCGGCGGCUAGCUAUCUGCACAUGUACGACAUCGUAAAAGUCUGCAAAUCCAAACUAAAGGAGAAGGAACUGCUGCCGGAGGAGCAGCAGAAGGCCAACGGUGUCAAUUAUGUGGCCGAAACCUGCGUCCUAACAGCUGGAAAAACAAAAGCGCAUGUCAGUAGUUCGGCCUCGUCCCAAAGGUCCCGGGAUGACACGGACUGCGCGCUGGAUUUGUCUUUGAAGCCGGUGUGGAUUGGGGAGUUUUCAGGACAGCUGGCCCUCGACAGCCAGCAGCAGGACACCCAGACACUUGUUAAAGAGCAACACGACGUGCUGUCAGAGCAGGAGGACGCUGAUCCGGCCAGCCCCGAGAGCCGACGCUUUGGGAAUAGCGGCAGGAGUGCGGCGGUGACAGGGUUCAGUGAACUCUUCCCCCGAAACAAGCAUGAGGAUCUGAUGGAGGAGGAGCUGAGUGGUGUGCGCUCACAGCGGCAGCUGGGGGACAGUGAAGGAGACGACGAGGAGGAUCUGGCAUCCUCAGACAUCUCCACAUCAAGUGGCGUCCUGUUGUCGUCAGCCGGUGCGCAGGUGUGUGUGUGUCCACUCUGCAGUAAAGUUUUCCCAAAUCCACACGUCCUGCAGCUCCACCUCAGCUCACACUUCCGGGAGAAAGACGGCGUGCGCUCCAAACUCUCGCCGGACGGAUCCGUGCCCACGUGCUCGCAGUGCGGGAAGACCUUCUCCUGCAUGUACACGCUGAAGCGGCACGAGCGCACACACUCCGGGGAGAAGCCGUACACGUGCGCGCAGUGCGGGAAGAGUUUCCAGUACUCGCACAACCUGAGCCGACACGCCGUGGUGCACACCCGCGAGAAACCGCACGCCUGCAAGUGGUGCGAGAGACGCUUCACACAGUCUGGAGAUCUGUACAGACACAUACGCAAGUUCCACUGCGGCCUCGUCAAGACACUCGCCAUCGGAUAACACUGGAGCCAAUGUGUGUGUGUGUGUGUGUGUGUGUGUGUGUCAUUAGCUGGAGGAGUAAUAAUAAGCAGAAUCAUGGUGAUGGUGGUAUCCAAUAUUCGCAAGGUGGAAGGAAUGAAAAACACAACAAUCACGUCUCUAGGAAUCAACAAUCUGAUGCACUUGGGAUUUUGACAUAUGCAUAUAUAUUUAUUUAUGCAUUAUAUAUAUAUACACAAGUAUAAUAAAUAAGAAUAAAUACAUUUAUGCAUUCACACACAUGU